CCGGCCGGCGGGGUUGAGCCGCUGCUUUCGCUUCCACCAGAGCGGGGAACCGCGGGGCUCGGACGCGCCGAGGAUGGGCGGCAGGCUGCAGACGCCGAGGCGCCCCGAGACGCCCGCGCGGCAGUGACCCGCCGCGGCCCCGCCUCGCUCGGCGCGCCCCUCCGGGUUCCCCCGCGCGUCCCGCCGGCUUCGGCGCCCCUUCUCCGCCGCGCGGGAACCCCCGCGGCCCGGCCGGGCCCCCUCCCCCUGCGAGCCGGCGGCAGCCCUCCCGGCGAGCGGGCGGGCGGGCGGAGGCCCGGGCGGGGGCGGGGCGGGGCGGUGCGCCCGGAGCCCGGAGACCGGCCCUGCGCUCGGCUCGGCUCGGCUCGCCUCGCCGGCGGGCGCCCUCGUCCCCAGCGGCACACCAUGGACGGGCUGCCCGGCGGUCGGGCGUUGGGGGCCGCCUGCCUUCUGCUGCUGGCGGCCAGCUGGCUGGGGCCCGAGGCCUGGGGCUCCCCCACGCCCCCACCGUCGCCCGCCGAGCCGCCCCCGCCGCCUCCCCCGCCGCCCGGAGCCCCCGGCGCGCCGCAGGACACCUGUACGUCGUGCGGCGGUGGUGGCGGUGGCGGCGGUGGCUUCCGGCGGCCCGAGGAGCUGGGCCGGAUGGACGGCGACUUCCUGGAGGCGGUGAAGAGGCACAUCUUGAACCGCCUGCAGUUGCGGGGCCGACCCAACAUCACGCACGCCGUGCCCAAGGCCGCCAUGGUCACGGCCCUACGGAAGCUGCACGCGGGCAAGGUGCGCGAGGACGGUCGCGUGGAGAUCCCGCACCUCGACGGCCACGCCAGUCCGGGCGCCGACGGCCAGGAGCGCGUCUCGGAAAUUAUCAGCUUCGCCGAAACAGAUGGCCUGGCCUCUUCCCGGGUCCGCCUGUCCUUCUUCAUCUCCAACGAAGGCAACCAGAACCUGUUUGUGGUGCAGGCCAGCCUGUGGCUCUACCUGAAACUCCUGCCGGGCGUGCUGGACAAGGGCAGCCGGCGCAAGGUGCGCCUCAAGGUGCACUUUCAGGAGCAAGGCCGGGGUGCCCGCUGGAGCGUGGUAGAGAAGCGGGUGGACCUGAAGCGCAGCGGCUGGCACACCUUCCCGCUCACGGACGCCAUCCAGGCCCUGUUUGAGCAUGGUGAGCGACGACUCAACCUGGACGUGCAAUGUGAUGGCUGCCCAGAGCUGGCUGUGGUGCCUGUGUUCGUGGACCCCGGUGAGGAGUCGCACCGGCCCUUCGUGGUAGUGCAGGCGCGGCUGGGUGACAGCAGGCACCGUAUCCGUAAGCGAGGCCUGGAGUGCGACGGGCGGACCAACCUCUGUUGCAGGCAACAGUUCUUCAUUGACUUCCGGCUCAUCGGCUGGCAUGACUGGAUCAUUGCACCCACCGGCUACUAUGGAAACUAUUGUGAGGGCAGUUGUCCAGCGUACCUGGCUGGAGUGCCGGGCUCUGCCUCCUCCUUCCACACAGCUGUGGUGAACCAGUACCGCAUGCGGGGCUUGAACCCUGGCCCUGUGAACUCUUGUUGUAUCCCCACCAAGCUGAGCUCCAUGUCCAUGCUGUAUUUCGAUGACGAGUACAACAUUGUGAAGCGUGACGUGCCCAACAUGAUUGUGGAGGAGUGCGGCUGCGCCUGAUGCCGCUGCCUGCCCAGGGAGGGCAUGGAGGAUGGGGGUCCCCUGGGGUGGGGUGCACUGCUGCUGCUGCUUCCAGCCACUGGCAGGGUGGGGGUGCUGAGACCUGAAAGCUUCCCCCAACACUCCCCACCCCCAGCCCACAGCUUUGAGGAGCAAGCAGCCGGAAGCAGAGUGAACAGCCCUCAACUGACUUGCAAGACACUUGCCGACGUGCAUGCAGACACGCACAGCCGGCUGCAGCCUCCAGCGGCCCAGCCAGCCGGAGAUGCGGUGACAAACGGCAGCCUAGCUACCCCUGGUUCUUGGUUGGAAGGAAUGGACGGGAUGGCAGUGGGCAGCCACCAGCCCCAUCUGCUGACCUGGCUGCCUGGGACUGCCCCCUCAGAGCACACAUGAAAGCACAAAGAUGGAGACCCGGAGGGAGAGGAGAGAGCAGCGAGUGCAGAAGCAUAUGCACCGUGGGAGCCUGCUUACAGACAGGCAAGGGGCUGCCUGGUUCCCUGGGAGUGUGCCAGGAGAGGCCUGUUUUAUUACAGCCAGAGGUGGCUCCUGGAGUUGGCUUGCACUCCACCUGGCACCCUUUGUGCUACUGCACCAGGGGCCCAGGGAGGACACAGCAACCUGUUAGAGACCAUUUGACGUUUGUCACGUGGGUCCCUGCUGUGACUUAGAGAGGGGUGUAUGUGUGUGUGUGUGUGUGUUAAGGGUGGGGAGGGAGAGAGAGGAAGGUCUUAAUUUGAUGCUUUAACUCCAACCGGUUGACCAGGUCAUCCAUGCUAGCUGUGUAGUCACAAAGGGGACUUUGCUACUGGCUAACUGACUUUUUAAGUU